GACCAAUCGGCGUACGGUGUGCUGCCGGUUUUUUGAUUGGGCGAUACCAGGGAUAAGAGACCAGUUCGAGGCCGCUCGGACCCACAAACCGACGUCGAGACAUCGAGCAGACAGCAUCGUCCACAGUUCCAUAGAAGGCAGGGGGCUGCUUCGUCGGUCGUGUCGUCGAUGACUUCUUCCUCUCGUCAUCGACGUCGUCGUCCUUGUCGUCGCUCAACUUUGGAUUUGGAUUCUUUCUGUCAGGUGUGAGUUGCAAGAAGGACGUGAGAGCGAAGCGUAGGCAGUUGCUCAAACAGGGUUUACUGCCGAUCCAUUCCGGAGGCAACUGCGGCGAACAUCGUUAUUGAAAUAAUGAAGAGAGAAGCUGAUGCAGGCACUAUGACAGGUUCAGGAGGGCCGACAAGUCCUCACAAGCGUUACAGACAGGGUGACGAUGAGCUUCGUCUUCUGAUCCCCAGCAAGGUAGCCGGUUCGAUAAUCGGCAAAGGUGGCCAGAAUAUCACCAAACUGAGAAGUCAGUACAAAGCCUCAAUCAUUGUACCCGAUUGCCCCGGACCCGAACGGGUGCUUACUAUCAGCUCGGAUCUGCCCACCGUUCUUCAAGUAUUGAACGAGGUCGUACCUAAUCUCGAGGAGGUGAGUGUUGCUACCAGAAGAGGAUCACACGGGAAAAGAAAUGACUCAAUCAAUGGAUCUCGACACGGCAGCGACGAGAUCGACGUGCGCAUGUUGGUCCAUCAGAGCCAAGCUGGAUGCAUAAUCGGCAAGGGAGGGCUAAAGAUCAAGGAGCUUCGUGAGAAGACCGGAGCGAGGAUCAAGAUAUAUUCGCACUGCUGUCCUCACAGUACCGACCGGCUGAUCAGCAUUUGUGGCAAACCGAAUACCUGCAUCGAGUGUAUUCGCGAGCUAAUCGCCACCAUUAAAACCUCUCCGCUGAAAGGCGUGAACAAUCCUUACGAUCCGCACAACUUCGACGACUACUAUGCGGACGACUACGGCGGUUAUGGAACGGGUGAUGGUGGCCAAGGGAAAGGAGGCGGUUUCGGCGGUCCUGGAGGCCGCGGCGGCGGCGGUGGUGGCGGUGGUGGCGGUGGCGGUGGGAUGCCACCGCGACGCGACAACCGUGCUGGUGGGCCAGGCGACAUGAAUCGCGGCUUUCCGCCACCACCAAGAGGUGGACCACGCGGUGGAGGCAGCGGAGGCGGUGGAAUGUCUGGCGGGCCACCGGAUCGUGGCUACGGAGGUAAUUCUCGCGGAGGAGGCGGUGGAGGUGGCGGAUACGAAGGUGGACGAGGUGGCUACGGAGGCAAUAGGGGUGGCCCGCCGCCAUACGCUAGUGGAAAUUACAAUGGUGAUGGAUGGGGUAUGCAAGGAGGCGCGCCAAACGGUUUGGGUGGCGGCGCUAACUCGGGAAUGAGCGGCCCACCCAUGGGUGGCAACAAUCAAGGAAAUCAGGGCAACAUGGGUGGAAACAAGACCACCACUCAAGUCACCAUUCCUAAGGACCUCGCUGGGGCCAUUAUCGGCAAGGGAGGCGCCAGAAUUCGAAAAGUCAGAUCGGAUAGCGGCGCUGGAAUUACUAUAGACGAACCGUUAUCCGGCAGUAACGAUCGCAUUAUCACUAUAACCGGAUUACCCAGUCAGAUACAAAUGGCUCAGUACCUGCUUCAGCAGAGCGUGCACGAGAAUGCAGACCAUUAUUAGAGCAUGGUGUUAAAGGAAGCAUUCGGGGGGAGCCAAAGAUGCGUUUAUAAUUUUUUUAGGGAUACUUCUUCGCGUGAAAAGUGAAGAUUAAUUAAAAAACGAGAACUCUUGAAGCCUUUUUUCAUCGAAAGAAAAAAAAAAAAGAAACAAAAUAAUAUCACACAUAUUAUUGGCGUUUCUCCUUGUGCAUUUGUGAGAAAAGAAAGAGGGAAAUCCCAGGAAGAAGAGGAAAGAGAAAAUAAAAUCAGGAAAAAAAAGAAAAAGAGAAAAUAAAGUCAGAAAAAAAUGUUCUCAAUAAAUACUAAUCGAUCAAAACAAAACGCAAGGAGAGGCAGUCUAUUUUGUGGACAUUUCCAUUCGAUUAUACGGAUUUAUGAGUAAGAAACGCUCGUAUGCCUAUUUUCACGAGUUUCGAAUCUUGGAAUUGGCAUUCGAGGAACAGAGCCUCCUCAUGCAAAAAAGGCCAAAGAACAGCACUGUUUCUACGCCUGAGAUCAUUCUCGAUCUUACGCAUUUUUCUCUCUCUUUUUUUUAGUUAUUUUUUUCCAAUCAUUUUAUAUCGUGUGUUUUUUUUCCACGACUCUGGGCAAGCUUUGAUACGAUCAUUUUUUCUUCUUUUAUUUCCCAUUCGUUUUAUUUUUUUUUUUUUUUAUUUUGAUACCCGCAGAAGUCACUAUCGAAACGCACAUGUUCUCCGAACCCUUUGUUCUUCGCUGUUUUACUACAGAAACCUCGUAUAAACAAGAGAAACUUUUCUUGUUCUUUUUCUCAUUUUUCUUUUAAAAAAAUAUCACGAAUUUUGCAAGACGAAUCGUAGUUUUUGACAGCUGAAGAUCAAAGUUCUUACAAGUUAAAAUUCAAAUCGUAUAUUCAGAAAAUGUAUCGGCAAGAUCGAAGAAAGGGAGAGGUUUCCGAGCGAAUUAAAUGGAAAAAAAAGGACAACGGCGAGAGAACCGAAGUCGAUAGAAACAUCAUAUACGCGGAUACUUUUUGUAUAUAAUAUAUGAUAAAAAGGAAAAAAGAAAAAUUAAAAAUAAGAGAAUGGAAGUCGUUAACGAUAACAUGUCCCUUUCCUCAAUCGUCACACGGCCAUCUGUCUACUGCUGCAUUACGAUUAUACUUAAUUAUUAUUAACUAUCGUAAGAUCGUAAAAUCGUAAGAUUAAGCAGAGUAAUUUUGCAUCAAUUUCACAGAUCGAGCGCGUAACGAAUGUUCGUGAUCUUUUUCCUGCGGUAUAACUGUUAAGCGUGUAAGAAUUCUAAUAAUAGAGAGUGAUAAGCUAAACUAUUAGAGAUGCAACUCCAUUGGGAAAUAUCGCUAUAUAAUACGAGAUGUUGAAUCAAAAGAAAACUUGCAACGAAGUCCGACGAUGCUGCGUCUUAGAAAGUAAUAGAUAACGCGUUUAAACGGAAAUAAGAGGCAACUUGGAGAACGUUAAACUAUAAGAAUGGCGAAUACAUUAUAAUAUGUAUAUUAUAUCACAUAUACGUCACUCUUGGCGACGUAUAAAAUCGCUUUGUAUCUUACGAUCGUCGGUGAAAAGACGAAGAGCAAACGGAGCGACGAAGAAGUUUUAUUAUGUGUAUGUGGAUCCAGUGUUUAAAUGAAAAGGUUUGAUAGACAUCGAAUGUCAUUUCCAAAAGGGAACACCAUGAUGAUCUCUCCGUAUAGCGCGUCCGAUGCACGGUCUUGCAGAAAACAAAGUAACGAAAUUUCCUUGUAAAUUACCACCAACCCCAAUGUCGUCCCUUUUUACACUUCUUGAAGCCCUACGAUUUCAUCUUGUUUCCUCUGAGACUUUUAUACGUUGUAUCAGCGACGGGACACACGGAUGUUCUCUUUUAGGGGUUGCAACUUGAACAAGCAUGCGAAUUUUAAAGACAGAUUUAUUGCAAGUGAAAAGGAAGAGAUUAAAAAAAAAAAAAAAAGAGAAGAACAGGAAGUCGAAAAGCCGCCCUCAAGCUGGAACUAACUCGUCCUCUUUCCCUUUCUCGAAGAGACACUCUCAGCACCUUUACCCUCUCUCUCCUUCAUUCCCUGAUAGUAUACUUAGCUAUGCGACGAAAGUGAAAUAGAAGAAAAAAGCGGAAUCACCGGCCCGAGAAAGGGUUUUGAUGACGCUACGAAGGGCAUUUUUUUUAACGCAUCUCGAUCAAACGACCGAUCCCGGUCGCCACGGAGCCGCCCUUUUCUCUUACGUCUAAGAAGAAAUAUCGAUACUCCCACACCCUCUUUCUGACGGUUCACUCCCACAACGUCGUGUUUAUCUGAAAGAUCAAAAAGAAAAUAAGAAAGAAAACGAAAAAAGAAAACACGAAAAGGAAAUAUUUUACGUCCGCGUGAUCUCGAACAGAGAAGCGCGUGCAUUUUCGUUCGACUCACGAUUGUACCGUCUUUUUCAUGGUUGUCGGGGAAAAUGAGAAAUGUUCUAGUUACAGGCUUCUCUUCCGUUUGCCAACAGCGAAUUUGUUGCCGUUGAUUCCGAUUUAUAUUCAAUCCAUUUUUCUCUCGUAUAGCCAAGCUAUCGAUAUUUACCGCUUUAGGGGUUGAAUUGCGGUUUUCUUGGAAUCUCAAGGAAGUAUUUCGUGCAUUUUGCUUUGAAACAUUCGGAGUUUCUGCCACGUAACGUGGUAGUUUCCAUUCUUAUCGUUAACACGUUUCGAACUUCGACGAGUGAGUCGACGGCAGUUUUGGAAGGGAGGCAGGAUAUUUUUUCAUUACCCCGAGACCGACUUACGUAAUAAGGAUUACACGAGAAACCGGCAACAAAACAGAGAGACAUACAUAAAGAUACAUAUACACACACGAAAUGCAUGAGAGGGAGAGAAAUUGGUGUGUUUUAGCGUGCGUGCCUGUGUGUGCGAAUGCCGAGGAAAGACACGGUGGAAGAAAGUUUGUAAUUAUGAUCAUUGAAGGCUUGAACAAAGUUGAGACAGAGAGGGAGAGAGUGAUGCGUGUACACAAUUAAGAUGAAAAUAUGAAAAAGUGAGAAAGAUUCGCUCGUAUCACGAUGUGUGUAUUAUAUAAGAUAUACAGUUUACAAUUAUUUGUAAUGGAUACUUUUUAUUUGUCAAAUAAAAGUUAGUACAAAUGAAAGUAAAA